UAAUCUUACGGAAGAUCACGAUAAGUAACUUAUGAAUCAAUGACUAACUACAACCUCCUGACUGGAAUACCAACGGGCACCGGAACCCUGACAAGGUUAAGCUUCGUUCCUCAUGGCCCAAUGGUCACGGCGUCUGGCUACGAUUUGUAACCACUUCUGGAACCAGAAGAUUCCAGGUUCGACUCCUGGUGGGGAAGCAUUUUUUUCGUGCAUCUGUGGCUGCAUAUCACGAAUGCAAGAUUCCGGGUGACAAAGAUUUCUCUUUUGCACCAAAUUUCGUUAAAGGUUCUACCUUUUUAUAUACGGUGCCUCCGAAUAAGCCACAGAAGCAUUCUAGACUGUCAAUAAUCUCCUUGCUCCCCUUUUCUGUCCCAAACCAUCGAAACAACAUACUUGGAAUUUGAAUAAAAGGUUAAGUAGAACGGUGUGCUAAAAAGCAAAGUAUCUGCGUCAGAAUAGACUAAGAUAAUGCAUAAAGAACCUAAAUCCUUCGAAAUGAUUCGAGUCUUUUCGGCAGAAAGUCCCUCUCCCCAGUCCUCUGAGCUAAACGAAGGGGACGGCGAGAUCGAAGCGAGGAUGCCGUACAACAGUAUCGGAGUGAGUGAGGAUGGAGAAGCCGACCCAGAAGAAAAUUUGAAGGAGAGACGGAAGGGGAGCAUGAUAUUAAGAGCUCCCUCGUCCACCACUGAAAACUUGAACAAGAUGGUCCAGGAGAAGGUCAAAAGCUUUCCCAUCACGCUUGAUGGCUCUCAAGAGGUAGCCUCUACAGCAUGGCCCUUUGUCACAUCAACCCUGUCCUCAUAUAGAGUGCCAUCUAAACCAUCCGGAGAAGAAAACUCUCCUUUAUUAUUUGAAAUUGACGAUGGAAGAGGUCCCAACACAGUGUCCACCUCUCCUUUGAACGAAAAAUCUGCAGCGAGCCGAGAGCCUUACCCCCAAUUCAUGGAGACAAAAGCUACCAUUCUUGAGAUCCCCAAACCUACUGGCUUCACACAAUCACCGGAGGAAAACCCCCAAUGUUUGCAAGAGGAAGCAGGAGUAGAGAGUUAUAUUUUAGGAUCCACUAUCGGGUCUUUGGACACGUUGGGAUCCUUUGACCUCGAGAACUGGGGGUUUUCUCACGGACGUUACAGUAUUCGUCAAGUUUCGUCGUUACUAAGCUUUGGUUUCGAUGUCAACUCUGAAACAAUGAGGCAAGAAAUUAAAAACUUUUGUGAUGGUUCCUCAUCCUUUAUGGUUGGUGAUGGAGAACUGGCUUCCCACUCUGAUAUUGUCUAUACACACGACCUUACGGGAGAGCUAUCAAUAAGACAUGCUGGUGAGGAAGGCCUUGAGCUUCCUUAUAUUGAACCAGAAAGGUACAAUUAUGAUUGUUUUGAUUUAGAGGAAGCCGUUAUGGAGGCUACCGAUAUUGGGAAAUACGAAGAGAAAAUCCGUUCCGCCGUUUUGGAUUCCGAGAUUGAAAAAGUGGCAGGGAUCAUCAGCCGAAAUAUCCCAGAAUCAGCUUUCAUGGAAAGAGAAGGCGGAUUUCACACGAGAGCCUCCUCGACGGGGUCCCAUUCCGUGCUUAUAUCCCUGAGAUACGGCUUUCCUGUCCCCUCCGGAGCGAGUCUGAUUAUUGACGCAUCAGUAUCAAAAAGGCAGUCCUCUAACCCCCACAAAAAGGGUAAGUUUGACACAUAAUGAUGCAGAAUAUUGUGAAAAAGAGAAUACUGCUUACUAACAAAAACUUCAGAAAUCGAGCAUUAUGUUCUCGGACCAGACCAUUUAUCAACCCCGACCGACAUUCCACCGCUAGAUCUCGGCAAUGAUGGGGGCAGUGACCGAGAG